AUGCCAUCAAGAAGCUUUGACCACCAGGAAGCCGGCAAGCAGUGCUCCUUAAAUUGCCCAAGCUCAGCUUUGCCAUCCUUGGUCAACUUGUCCUUGCUGUACUUUGUCUUCAUCCUUGCCCUUAUCUCCAUCCCCCUCGUCUUUUUCACCAGUCCAUUCUUGAAGAGCAGAGGCAUCCUCCUUGGCCAGAACCUCCAGCUUGCUAACCAGACUCCACCUGCCCACUUUUCAAUUGUCCGUCUGGCGCAUAGCACAGUCCGUGCUACAAAACACCAGCAACUCAUCUUGGAAUUGCCCGCUCCUUUGUGUUUUCCUCAUCCCGCCCAGAACUAA